ACGUUUCUGCCCAAUCAAUGCAAGGAGAAAAAUAAACCCCAGGAGAAUCUGCCCCACUUAGGGGAGCCCAACUUCGCCUAAAGUGAUUGCUCCUGCCGAGCGCGAGCGCGGGACCCAGGCUGAGCUUGACCAUGGCCUUUGCGAAUCUCCGGAAGGUGCUGAUCAGUGACAGCCUGGACCCGUGCUGCCGGAAGAUCCUGGAAGACGGGGGGCUGCAGGUGGUGGAGAAGCAGAACCUCAGCACAGAGCAGCUGAUAGCCGAGCUGCAGGACUGUGAGGGGCUGAUCGUCCGCUCGGGGACCAAAGUGACGGCGGAGGUCAUCAAUGCUGCCGAGAAGCUCCAAGUGGUGGGCCGGGCCGGCACCGGGGUGGACAACGUGGACCUGGAAGCAGCCACCAGGAAAGGCGUGCUGGUCAUGAACACUCCUAAUGGGAACAGUCUCAGUGCUGCUGAACUCACCUGUGGGAUGAUCAUGAGUCUAGCCAGGCAAAUCCCCCAAGCUGCAGCUUCCAUGAAGAAUGGAAAAUGGGAACGAAAGAAGUUCAUGGGGACCGAGCUGCAUGGGAAAACACUGGGAAUCCUAGGACUGGGGAGAAUCGGGAGAGAAGUGGCCACCAGGAUGCAGUCCUUUGGGAUGAAGACAGUGGGAUAUGAUCCCAUCAUCCCUCCAGAGGUUUCAGCAUCCUUUGGCGUUAAGCAGCUGCCCCUGGCGCAGAUAUGGCCCAUCUGUGACUUCAUCACUGUCCAUACACCUCUUCUGCCUUCAACAACAGGUUUGCUGAAUGACAACACCUUUGCCCAGUGCAAGAAGGGGGUCCGUGUGGUGAACUGUGCCCGCGGAGGGAUCGUGGAUGAGGGAGCCCUGCUGCGGGCCCUGCAGUCGGGCCAGUGUGGGGGGGCUGCCCUGGAUGUGUUCACAGAAGAGCCCCCCCGAGACCUGGCCCUGGUGAACCACGAGAAUGUCAUCAGCUGCCCCCACUUGGGCGCCAGCACCAGGGAAGCCCAGAGCCGCUGUGGGGAGGAGAUCGCCGUCCAGUUCGUGGACAUGGUCAAGGGAAAGGCUUUGUCUGGGGUUGUGAAUGCCCAGGCUCUCACCAGCGCCUUCUCUCCCAGCACCAAGCCCUGGAUUGGUUUGGCAGAAGCUCUGGGAGCACUGAUCCGUGCCUGGGCUGGAUCACCCAGAGGGUCCAUCCAAGUAGUGACACAGGGUUCAUCUCUGAAAAACGCAGGGAACUCUCUGAGUCCUGCGGUCAUCGUGGGGCUACUGAAGGAAGCAGCCAGUCAGGCAGAAGUCAACUUGGUGAAUGCCAAGCUCCGGAUGCAAGAGGCUGGACUCAGUGUCACUGCCACACAUAAUCCAGCCUCUCCUCUGGAUCAGAGCCUCGGGGACAGCCUGCUGACCGUCUCCCUGGCAGGAGCCCCUUACAGAGCAGUGGGUUUAGUCCAGGGCACUACUCCGGUCCUGCAAGAGCUCAAUGGCGCCGUCUUCAGGCCAGAAGUGCCUCUCCGCCGGGAUCUCCCCCUGCUGUUCUACAGGGCCGGGUCCUCUGACCCAGAACUGCUGCCCACCAUGAUUGGUCUCCUGGCAAAGUCAGGGGCAAGACUUCUGUCCUACCAGACCUCAGGGGCAUCAGAUGGGGAAACAUGGCACGUCAUGAGUCUCUCUUCCUCACUGCCAAACCUGGAGGCAAUGAAGCAGUACGUGACAGAGGCCUUCCAGUUCAACUUUUAAACCUGCUCCUCCCUUCCAGGGCCCUUCUGAAGCAAACCUAGCAAGUAGAGAGCCCUGAUGUUUCAGCAGUGGCUUCUAUCACUGUUCCUAUUCCAGAAUGUCAUUCUUACUGUAGUUUGCAAAUAACCAUUUAAUAAAGAAACUACCAAAAAUUAA